CUGGGUUGAGCGCAUGCGCAGUUUAUACAAUCUCUGGGCGAACUCCCAACAAGCAGCAGGAAGGUGGCGACUGAUAGCCGGCUGUGUGAACUAAGGUUACGGUGCAGAAGCAUCCUUGCCACCCUCCAACACCAUGGCCCAGUAUGGAGCACAGAGAAGCCCGGCAAGCUGGGUCUCCCACAUUACGGCAGCUGUCGUGUCUCAGCCAGCUGCGAGAGACCCAGCUGUGGUUGAACGGGCAAAUUUGCUGAACAUGGCAAAGCUCAGUAUAAAAGGACUCAUUGAAUCAGCUUUGGGCUUUGGCCGUACCCUAGACACAGAUUACCCUCCAUUACAGCAGUUCUUUGUUGUUAUGGAACAUUGCCUCAAGCAUGGCCUUAAAGUGCGAAAAUCAUUUCUUAGUUGUAACAAAACAAUAUGGGGACCUCUGGAGAUUGUGGAGAAAUUGUGUCCUGAAGCAGAAGAAGUUGCUGCUAGUGUAAGAGACUUACCGGGACUAAGAACACCACUUGGCCGUGCCAGAGCUUGGUUGAGAUUGUCAAUGAUGCAGAAAAAGCUAGCAGAUUAUCUGCGUUGCCUAAUUUUGCGCAGGGAUCUCCUGAGUGAAUUUUAUGAAAAUUAUGCCGUAAUGAUGGAGGAAGAAGGCACGGUUAUUGUUGGCCUCUUGGUUGGAUUGAACGUCAUUGAUGCUAACCUUUGUGUGAAAGGAGAAGACUUGGAUGCACAAGUUGGAGUAAUUGAUUUUUCCAUAUAUCUUAAAUCAGAAGAAGAUGAUAUUUCCAAGGAAGGAAGGAGUGUACAAAUUUCUGCAAUUUUGGACCAGAAGAACUACGUUGAAGAACUCAACAGACAACUGAACGCUACUGUGGGUGGUCUCCAUACGCGAAUUGAUACCCUGGAAAAGUCCAACACAAAACUGAUCGAGGAGUUGGCAAUAGCGAAGAAUAACAUUAUUAAACUUCAAGAGGAAAAUCAUCAGUUAAGGAAUGAAAAUGCAUUGAUUUUAAUGAGGGCUCACCAACAACUGCAGGCUACCAAAGCCAGCAUUGAGGCAGAACAAUUGUAUAGACAAUCAAGACUUGGCCCGGGUGAAAUGUACACCGAAGCUUGUUCACAAGAUCAUGAAGAGUUGCAGAUGCAGCACGGUGCAGAAAGCGAACUUGAACCUUUGGAAAUGCAACAUGAAAUUGAACUUGCAAUGAAGUUGCUAGAGAAAGACAUUCACGAGAAACAAGAUACCCUCUUUGGAUUGAAAGAACAACUAGAAGAAGUAAAGGCAAUAAAACAUGAGAUGUACCAAAAAAUGCAGCGUUCUGAAGAAGACAUCAAAGGAAGUAAUGUUAUCGAUAGAUUGGGAGAAAAACACAGUCAGCUGACUGCCAGAACCCAUCUGGGACACAGUGAUAAAGAUCUGAUGUAUAAGACUAGAAGCAUUACUAUGUCCUAUAUAAAGGGUGCUGGAACAGACCCUGCCCCACAAUAUAAACUGAUUAAAGAUAUAUCUUUCUAACAUUAUUUAUCUAUAUACAGUACAAUUUACGAGCACAGGUGAUAUCUAGUUUGCAACUAAAUUGGCAUCGAAAUAAAUACGAAAUCUCAUGAUUUUUCCUAAACAUAAUAAAAAGCACAUAUAUUAUUCACGGAUGUUAGGUACUUAUAUAUAUGCCAUAUAAUUAACGGCAAAUUUAAACAAUUUAAGUUGUAUAUUUCCAGGUGGUAGUAAAAGGUAUUUUUCAAACUCUA